AGCAGGGCCGACCAGGAGGAAGGGCAGCUUGGCAGGGCCUCAGACUCUCAGGAGAGGGCAAAGAACCUUGCGGAGGCGGGAGAGGUGCGGGUGUGGCUUGCCCUCAGCAUCCAUCAGCAGAAGUCUGAAGGAUGGACCCCUUCGCGGACACGCUGCAGCGGCUGCGGGAGGCCUUCGGCUCGGGGCGCACGCGGCCGGCCGAGUUCCGGGCUGCCCAGCUGAAGGGCCUGAGCCGCUUCCUGCAAGAGAACAAGCAGCUUCUGCAGGAGGCGCUGGCGCAGGACCUGCACAAGUCAGCCUUCGAGUCAGAGGUGUCUGAAAUCAGCAUCAGCCAGAACGAGAUUAACUUGGCCCUUAGGAACCUGCGGGCCUGGAUGAAGGAUGAGAAAGUGCCCAAGAACCUGGCCACACAGCUGGACUCGGCCUUCAUCCGGAAGGAGCCCUUCGGCCUGGUGCUCAUCAUCGCCCCCUGGAACUAUCCUCUGAACCUGAGCCUAGAGCCCCUGGUGGGCGCCCUCGCAGCAGGGAACUGCGUGCUGCUGAAGCCCUCGGAGAUCAGCAAGAGCACUGAGAAGGUCCUGGCCGAGGUGCUGCCCCGAUACCUGGACCAGAGCUGCUUUGCCGUGGUGCUGGGCGGGCCCCAGGAGACCGGGCAGCUACUGGAGCACAAGUUCGACUACAUCUUCUUCACAGGGAGCCCCCGAGUCGGCAAGAUCGUCAUGGCUGCUGCCGCCAAGCACCUGACACCUGUCACGCUGGAGCUGGGGGGCAAGAACCCCUGCUACGUGGACGACAACUGCGACCCCCAGACCGUGGCCAACCGCGUGGCCUUCUUCCGCUAUUUCAACUCUGGCCAGACCUGCGUGGCCCCCGACUAUAUCCUGUGCAGCCCCGAAAUGCAGGCUCGACUGCUGCCCGCCCUGCAGAGUGCCAUCACCCGUUUCUAUGGCGAAGACCCCCAGAGCUCCCCAGACCUGGGCCGCAUCAUCAGUGAGAAGAAUUUCCAGCGGCUCCGGGGCCUGCUGAGCUGUGGCCGAGUGGCCAUCGGGGGCCAGAGUGAUGAAAGCGAUCGCUACAUCGCUCCCACGGUGCUGGUGGACGUGCAGGAGACGGAGCCGGUGAUGCAGGAGGAGAUCUUCGGGCCCAUCCUGCCCAUCGUGAACGUGAGGAGCCUGGACGAGGCCAUCGACUUCAUCAACCGUCGGGAGAAGCCCCUGGCCCUGUACACCUUCUCCAACAGCAACCAGGUGGUCAAGCGGGUACUGGCCCAGACCAGCAGUGGGGGCUUCUGUGGGAACGACGGCUUCAUGCACAUGACUGUCGCCAGCCUGCCUUUCGGAGGAGUGGGCGCCAGUGGGAUGGGCAGCUACCACGGCAAGUUCUCCUUCGACACCUUCUCCCACCACCGCUCCUGCCUGCUGCGCCGCCCUGGGCUGGAGAAGGUCUACGCUCUCCGCUACCCGCCCCACACUCCACGCAACCUGAGUGUGCUGCUCAUGGCCGUGGAGACCCGCAGCUGCAGCUGCGCCCUGCUCUGAGCCACCCCACGCACGGGGCUCCGAGCAUCCCUCCCAGCUCAUGUCUACGCGUCCUCCGCUGCUGUGGCCACCUGAGGCUGGUGGAGACACGACCUGGGGUCCACGACACAGGAGGAAAACACCUGCCGGGGCCACGGCCCAGACCAGUGCUUGCCCUCCUCCCUCCUGAGGCUUCUCUUUUCAGGCCCUCAGCUGCCCCCCAGCCAGGAUGGGCCAAGGUUUGGGAGCAUGGGAAACAGUGCAGUAACCUGCCCUCCUGCUCCCACGCUGGCCACCUGUGUUCCGGGAGACGAGGGCAGAUGUGGGCACCUCUCAGGACCCCCCUUUCUGUGGAGGGUGCAGAAGGGGUCCUGGCAUCUGGUCCAUAACACAUUGCGGGCCUGCUGUGACCUGGGUCGUCCCUGCCCUCUCUGAGCCUGGUUCCCUAUCUGUUGCACAGAGGAGGUGAUUAACACCUCCUGAGAUCACCGUGAGGAUUAAA